AUGAUCCCCUCUCAGAUUCUAGUACACAUUGCGGCCCCAAGCACCGCACAAGAUGAUGCACGAUAUAAGACCCAAGUUGCCGCAAUCUUGGAAUUCCAAUGUGCCUCACAGGAGAUCGAGUCUUCAAGUCCCACCGAUCGAGACCCGCAUCUGGCCGAACAUUCCUCGGUGCCCCCGACGACUCAACACGAGGCUUCGCCAAUAUUGCGGGAGGCGCUCCGGCCCGCAUACACGACCUUAUCCUCGGAUCGUCGUCUGGUCCCUGAAAGGGAUGGCGCGACUCCACGCGGGCACAUCAUCUCAAAUCAUUCCUCCCUCGAGAGUCUCAUCAGCGUCAUCCCAGACUCCCAGCCAGAGAUCGCCCAACUAGUCUACGCCGAGCCAUCUCAUGCAGCACUAUCGUCUCCAUCGCAGUUUACUCCACCUUCUAAACGACGUCGCACAGCCCCGGCCGAGCCUGAUCAGGCGAAUCCGGUUCCAAUUCACGAAAAUCAACCUGCAGCGGACCAGCCCGCUGCAUCUCACAGGUUGACCCCCUUCCAGAAUCAGGAUAAUGGUCGCCUCCCCACUGGUUUCCCCCAAACUCCCAUCGAAAUAUCUAGCUCAGAUCAAGGAAAAGGCCCAGACUACGCCAUCAGCCACACUACACCCUCAUUUCCCAUCCAUGCAAUCCCCCCAACCCCUAAUCCCAUCACGCUCUCCACCCUCCCCCUCGAAAUCCACCCCCCAAGACCUCCAAUCUCCACUUCCCCUUUCACUACCCACAUCACUCCAACCCUAUCCAUGCUCACAGAGCGUCUGAACCCAGCACGCACCUACAACCCAUCCACUCAAUCCCGUCCCCUAGACCCCUUAGAACGGGGUUACUGGCUCGUGCGCCUCGCUAUUGAGCCACCCCAACAUCGGAUCCCAGAUCCAGCCGAUCUUCCAAACCGAAACCGAAACUCAAAGCUUGGAACCACUAGUCCCACGGCCAAGCCAAAGCCAAGGCCAAAAGAGAACCGAACCUGGCCUUCCCCGCUCUUCCAUGCCUUCUGGUCCUUUCUCUCGGACUUCGUAGGCAGGGAUGGCCGGGCGGGCUGGGGCGUAUGGUGUAUUCUCGAAGCUGCGACGCCGACCCCAUCAACGAUCUCGUCUAACACGCACCUCUCUCUUAGAGUAUAUGCGUGGGGUGAGGUCGCUAUGCACGUCUACCUUUUGCUCUUCUUAGCAAGUGAGCGGCGGAUUCGUGGGAUGGGUGUUCAGUGGCGGGAUUCGCGAGAAGAGGUUGUUAUUCAGAUGCCGUAG